AUGGCCCUACUGGUACCUGUUUUUGUGUCUUUUCUUGUUUUGAUUCUAUUCUGGCUGUUCCAAAAGUAUCAGAAAAUUCAAAAAGUCAACUAUUAUGGAUCCCAAAUUCCGGGGCCUAAAGGAAACUGGCUAACGGGAAACCUUUCAAUGUUCCAGAAAUCCAAUACUGGUCUUAUCGAAAUGUUCCAAGAAGAAGCGAAAAAAUUCCGAGAACAAGGUCAUUCAGUGAUGCGAUACAUUAUGCCUGGAAAGCUACUAGUCUUCCCGUUGACUGGAAAAACUGUAUCGAAAAUUUUGGAGUCUACAACCGAAAUUGAAAAAGGUGAGGAUUACGAUUUCUUUGAGCCAUGGAUUGGAGGAGGUCUACUGGUUUCAGUUGGAGAACGCUGGAAAUCUCAUCGAAAACUCAUAACUCCAUCGUUCCAUUUUGCAAAGCUGGAAGGAUACUUUGAUGUUUUCAAUCAGGAAUCAAAGAUCCUUGUCGAAUGUCUAGAAAAGUUUUCGGACUCUGGAGAACAAGUGGAUUUGCAUCCAUUCAUAAACCGAUGCACUUUGGAUAUCAUUUGUGAAACUGCAAUGGGUACAAAAGUCGGCGCUCAAUUUAAUCACGACAAUUCCUAUCUGAAAGCAGUUGAUGGAUACUCCACAAUGAUGCUAGAAUACGCCUACAAUCCAAUCAUGUGGAACCCCUUCUUAUUCUGGAUUCUUGGUCACAAGAAGCGACAAAACGAUCUUUUGUACUCUCUCAAAAAGUUUACUGGCGAUAUUAUUGCCGAAAGAAAAGCUGCACUGGAAUCUGGAGAAGCUGAGAAAUUCACAUCGAAAAGAAGUAUGAACUUCUUGGAUUUGAUGCUGAGUAUGAAAGAGUCGAAUGUUCUAAGUGAGGAAGAUUUAAGACAAGAAGUGGAUACAUUUAUGUUCGGAGGACAUGACACAACGACUACUUCCUGUUCUUGGACAUGCUGGAAUCUGGCUCAUAAUCCAGAAGUACAACAAAAAGUUUGUGAAGAAUUGGCAGAAGUGUGUGGAGAGGAUCCAAAUGGAGAUAUUUCUUAUGAACAAGCCAAUCAAUUGCAUUACCUGGAUCGAGUACUCAAAGAAUCAAAACGAUUGAUUGCUCCAGUUGCAUUAGUGGAUAGAAAACUUCAAAAAGAAAUGGAAAUUAGUGGAUAUAUAAUUCCACCGGGAUCAAGUGUUUCCAUUGCUCCUGUAAUCCUUCACAACAACCACGACGUCUGGAAGAAUCCAGAAGUCUUCGAUCCAGAUCGUUUUCUUCCGGAAGAAUGUGCCAAGAGACAUCCAUAUGAUUUCGUUCCAUUUUCAGCUGGAAUCAAGAAUUGCAUUGGCCAAAAAUUCUCAGUUUUGAAUGAGAAGGUUAUGGUUUCACAUUUGGUUCGAAACUUCAAAAUUGAACCAAUGGCCAAAUUCCACGAAACUCUUCCAUGCUUCGAAAGUGUCUCUAAACCAUCAAAUGGGAUUCCAGUUAAAUUGAUAAGACGGGUUUAG